CUACCGCUCGGAGUUUUGUGACGUCAACAAAUGCAAAACUAGCUCAUAGUGAUUAGCCACGUCAUGUUAACUUGGCUGUGGAGCAGCUGUUAAACAAACCCAAGAAGGCUUGUACUUUAAAGCGAGUUUGAGUUAUUUUUAAAGAACAGACUUUGUUUCGCCUUUAUUAGUUGGCGGGAGUCCUAUGGAAAGAUGUCAGACAUCGGGGACUGGUUCCGAAGCAUCCCUUUGAUCACCCGGUAUUGGUUUGCUGCUUCGAUUGCUGUUCCCUUUAUCGGUAAACUAGGAUUGGUUGAUUUUAGGAACCUUAUGCUGUUCCCAGAGCUGGUCUUUAGCAGAUUUCAGCUCUGGAGGCCGGUGACAGCCACCCUUUACUUCCCCGUCACCCCAAACACCGGCUUCCUCUACCUGGUCAACCUUUAUUUCCUCUACCAUUACUCCACUCGGCUAGAAACAGGAGCGUUUGAUGGCCGGCCUGCAGACUAUGUUUUCAUGCUCCUUUUCAACUGGAUCUGCAUUGUUAUAACCGGGCUGCUGAUGGACAUGCGGCUGCUGAUGAUCCCACUGAUCAUGUCGGUGCUGUACGUCUGGGCUCAGUUCAACAGCGAGAUGAUCGUGUCUUUCUGGUUUGGAACUCGCUUCAAGGCACAUUACCUACCUUGGGUCAUCCUGGUCUUCAACUUUAUCAUCGGAGGAUCAUUUAUGAAUGAGCUGACGGGCAAUCUGGUCGGCCACCUCUACUUUUUCCUCAUGUUCAAAUACCCCAUGGACCUGGGCGGACGCUCCUUCCUCUCCACGCCCGACUUCUUGUAUCGGUUCUUCCCUAACACGAGAGGAGGAGUGUCGGGGUUUGGGGUUCCUCCGACCAGGAGGCCGGUUCCCCAGGAGCCGCCAGCGGCAGGCGGGGGAGGAGGCCGUCACAACUGGGGACAAGGCUUUCGCCUCGGAGGAGAAUGAGAUCCUCCUUCAGCUCCCUCUAACAAACGACUGAGCAGUUGACUUUUUUUUUUUUUUUCUGCCUGAGAUUUUUUUUGCUUCCCCACAAUUUUCUGUUUUGAGAAAGAAAGAAAGAGAAUGAGAGAGAAAGAAAAACUUUACCUCAAGUUUGAUUCACGUGUGUGUGUGUUGGGUUUUCAAAGAUGCUGCAGGAUGAAACCGGAGAAAGUGUGUGUAUGUGCUUCAACCGGAACUGCUCCGCUCCGCACUACAGGACUCGGACUCUGACCGUUGGCUCGGUUCAGCCGUUUCUACUGCUGCACACGUCCAGCAGACGGAACUUAUGAAAAUAAAUGUCUUUUAUCCGUGGCGACCCCGAACGCCUCCCGCUCAUUUCCGUCUUUCCUGUCCUUUUCCGCCGUUUUCCUCCACGACGCGACUGUCGACACGAGAGAUGUUGCAGCUGCACGCUGCUGAUUCGGACUCCUCCCUCCCUGUGAUGCCAUAUCAGAUUACAUUGUAAUUAUCACUGCCGAGUGCGCCGUCAGCCUUCCUCCAGCAGACGAGAAGGGAAGCUACAGUGCAUUAAAAGAAAAAAAAGUAUUCACCUCCUUGGAUGUUUUGCCCUCUUUAUUGCUUUUACAAAUCAGUCAUGAUCCACAAAAGUUGGCUUCAUUAAAAAAAAAAAAAUCAAUCUGACUUCUACAAAAUGACAAACACUUAACGUAAAUAUUCAACCCCAUUUAACCUAAUUUAACAGAGGUCCAGUCAAUUAGUGCCAGCAAUCUCACAAUGAGAAGAAUGGAGGUCACAUGAAUGAAGUGACUCUAAAGUAGCAUAAAGACACCAGUAGCUGGCAGGUAGGGUUAGAAAAGAACACUCCAAGCAAAUCAGAGUAAACGUUACUUAAAGUAUAAGUCAGGGGAUGGAUAUAAAAAAGCUUCAGCAGUUGAAAUGGUAGAGACUCUGCCUGUUGCCUGUGCUUUUCAUCAUUUAAAAAGCACAGGCAAGUGACGAUGAGAAAGCCACUGUUAAAGAAAAUUCAUAUCUAGGCUUAAACGGUUUGCCAAAUGGUAGAAAAGCGACUCUGUGGUCAAGCGGAAGAGGAUUCUUUAGAGUGAUGAGUGAAAAUGGAGCUUUUCAGCCAUCAAACAGGACACUGUGUUUGGCAGAUCGCACCACUGCACAUCAGCACCGAGACGUUAUUCCCAGCGUGAAGCACGGUGGUGGCGGCAUCAUGCUGCAUGGCAGGAAGGCUCGUGAAGGCAGAAGGUAAAAUGAAUGCAGCAAGAUAUCGAGAAAUGCCAGAGAACAAUUUGUUUUCAUCUGCAAGAGAACUAAUGAGCUAAAGUGACACAGAAAUGGUCUGAAGACAAACAAAGUGGCCUAGUCAAAGCCCAGACUUCAAUCUGAUAGAGAAUUUGUUUCAGGACUUGACACACUGGUCCCCAGAAACCUGACAGAAGAUUGAAAAGUUUUGAAAAGAAGAAUGGAGUAAAAACUCGCAGUCACAUCUUCUAUCUAAACAAUGACUUCAAGUGAAUAUUUAUGCAGCCACUUGUUUUCUUUUGUAAAAAGCAGUUUUCCACAACUGUUUUUUUUUUUUUUUUUUUUUUUUUACUAAAAAAAUUGCUUUUUUUUUUGUCAAGUCAAACUUGUAAAACAUCCAGGGGGUGAAUACUUUGUUUUUUUUAAUACAUAGAAACUAGAAACUGUAUUUAACUUUUGUAGCUCCCAGGUCUGAGAUUGAGUACGUGUAACAUAUUUGUAUUUUCGAGCCUUUGGUGCAAAGAGCUGGAACUUUUUCUGACAUGAGACAAUUUAAAUGAGGCAAAACAAAAACGAGCUGUUGCUCUUUUUUUUGUAAAUACAGCACAUUAUUGAAAGGAUGAGUCUGGGUGUGUUGAUUAUUUUUACUGUUGCCUUAAUGCAAUACUUUGUUAAAAUAAACUAUUAGAAUAUGUACAGAAGGAACAGUUGAGAAUUGUUUUAUUACUAUUUAUGUUUCUCGUUUUCUCCUCUAAAAGAGCAAACACUGACAUUUAUUGCCCUCAGUUAUGUUACAUUGUUGCAUUGAUGUGGGCUGAUUAUCAGAUUGUAUCAAUACAUCAAGUGGAAGAGAUGUCCAUCUGCUGGGUCAUGUUGGUAAGUGGUGCUGGAAGAAAAUCUGAAUAUUCUUAAAGAACCCUCAAGCUAAAAGAGUCAAUAUAAGUUUGUCGUUAUGCCCAACACGGCUCUCUGUCUAGGGCGGCAUGUUUUUGGGGGCGACACAAGAGAUUGUAGAAAAGCGAAAGGAAUCUGCACACAUUUAAGUUGUACAUGUUAGUUUCGUGUCAACAUUGUGAGGCAUCAGGAAAGCUUGAUUCACGUCAGAAUUUCACACCAAAGAAGGCGAGAAAUUAGAUGAAAUUCAACCCAUUUAUAAUGUACAUUUGUUUUAUACAUUCCAAAUAAUUUAAUUUUUCUUUUAGCCUAAUCUAAUGUUUUCCUUUGGUGUGCAUGUUCAGUUUGGAUUGGAACUGGUUCUCUGGGCCCAAUCUCCUGCAUGGUUUACCCCCAGUUACGACUUGUAAGACCUACUUCACGUUUCAAUAUGGCCGCUCUGCAGUAGUAAGAUUAGGUGGAAACAUAUUUUACAAGACACACAUGUGAAAGUGCGUCUAGAAUCAGUAUUAGAUGUAGCGGCCCGAUCCCCACUACUGAUUGGGCAGCUACGUAUAAGAUUAAAAGGAUCAUAUUUAAAGUGCUCAUUAAAAGUGAAGCUUAAAAUGUUUCUAAGAAUUACCACGAACGCCUACAUUCGUCGCUACGUUGAAAUUCAGGUUUUUUAACUAGAAGCUGUUACUUCGGCUCCAACAUCAAAUCUAGCUCAGAGUUCCCAAUUCAUAUCUGAAAAGUGUGGCAAGCAUUUUCAAUCACUCUAAUUAGGUUAGUAAAAAAAAUUUAAAAGGUGUUUAAAUACUUGUCCAAAGUACUGCAUUGAUGCUGGCAGAAAAUAAUCGCAACAAAUUCAAAUAUCUAGCAAUCAUAUUCUCCAUUUUAUUCAGACUACCACGGCAUUUUGCAGUCAACUGUGUUUUUAUUGAAUUGCAUCAGGCUUAAAAGGGAGAAAAUGAAAAUGCAAGCAUUAAUCCUGUACACGUCAAAAACAAGAUGUUGAGUUAUUUGAGACCGUGAACCCAAAGCAGCAGGAACCAACAUGCAGUCAAGCAUUCAGCCAUCCACCUGCCGAUGUUAAAUUAUAGCUUCCCUCCCUCCUCCUGUGACUGAAAGCAAAAAAAAAAAACAAAAAAAAAAAAAACACCGAUUUCAUUCAUGUGGAAAUAAAGAGGUCAAUUUAAACGACUUUCCAAGAUGAGUUAAAAAGAGAGAAACAUUUGAAACUUUGUGACAGCUUUUGACUGCCGUGACAUUCCAACCGCCUUUUACAGCUCCGUUUUUGUAUCUCCGACGUUCGUCGACCUCCGUUUUGAGCGUGUGCCGAAAUGAAGAGGGGAAAUUAAUCCCACCUUGACUCUUAAGCGAAGAAGCCUAGAUAGAAGACAAGACGUAUUUACAGCUAAACGAAUGGAUAUAUAUAUGAAAAGGCUCAGAUAAAGGUGCUCAGGUUAUUUAGAGUGCAUGUAGCAUUUUCACAAAAAAAAAAAAAAAAGAAAA